AUGCUCAAGUGGGCCGUCAACCAGCCGCGACCCUCGUACUUGGCCAGGGACGAGCUGAUGGCCACCAACGAGGUGGUGGGCUCCAGCUACAGCGAGUUCCACGCCCUGCGCGGCAAGCUCAAGAGGAAGUCGCUCUCGCUGGUCCUGGGCCAGGGCAAGGAGAACCAGCUGACCUCCACGCCACUCCCGGUCAGCUCUCUGACCCUCAGCACCCGCACGCCCCCGCUGAAGGACCUCAGCAACAUACUGGCCACACCGCCUUCGGGAGGAGGAGGAGGAGUAGGAGGCGGAGCCACAGCCACUGGAGCAGUGCCCUCGGCUGCUGCAGCUCCCCUCAAGUUCGCCUGCACCCUGCCCACCUUCGAGGCGGAGUACUCGCCCAAUGCCACCGUCAUCCCCGGCUCCCUGAUCGCCCUGCGCGGCGUGGGCAUCCCGGACAGCUACUUCGAGAAGCCACGCUACCUGGAGCAGAAGGAUCUGCCCCAUCCCGCUCCCCCUGCCGCUGGACAGACCACACUCAGCUCCAGCCAGAUGGGCGACGUCACCCUGGAGCGCAUGAUCGAUGCCAUCCUGGAGAGCAACCGCAAGGUGCUGCCCAAUGCCAGGCAGCCGCAUCUCCGCCAGCCCAGGCAGCAUCUCCGCCAGCGGCACAGGCAGCAGGUGCUCCGGAGCAGCCACAGCCACGCCCAGGUCCCCUCGCCCACCUACCGCCCCGCCUUCGAUCCGGCCAGCGAUCUGUGCGAGUACUGGAAGUCGCCCUCGCGGAGGGACUCCCUGCCAGCCGAUGGCUUCGAGGAGCGGGAGGUGUGCUCCCCCGUGCCAGUUGCCAAUCCCGUCCAGUCGCAGGGCAAGAGGCACUCCCUGCAGCUGCGCAGGCAGCGGGUGGUGCGCCGCAAGCGCAAGAUCACCACCAAGAUCUCCUCCAGCGUCAGGCAGUCGGCGCAGAAGCUGCUGGCCGCGGCCCGGUCAGGAUCCGGAGCAGUUCCCGCCCAGAAGCUACGCCACAUCAGCCCGGACAGCGGGCACAACUCCACCAGCGACUGCGAGCUGGAGGAGGAGCACUGCCCGUUGAGCCGGGGACUGGGUGGCGAGGAGCUGGAGGACGCCUGCCAGCUGGACGCCAUGUGGCUGCAAGUGCAGGCCAGGGAUGCCACCAAGCGACGCCUCAGCUUCUCCCUGGCGGAACAUAGCUAA